AUGGGACGGGAAGACAGAGCAACUUGGAAGAGUAACUAUUUCAUUAGGCUCAUCAAUUUACUUGAUGAGUUCCCAAGAGUCUUCAUUGUCAACGUUGACAAUGUUGGCUCAAAUCAAAUGCAACAGAUUCGCAUUAGCCUUCGUGGUCAUGCCGAAGUUCUCAUGGGAAAGAAUACUAUGAUCCGCAAGGCUAUUCGAGGACAUAUGAACAAUAAUCCCAACCUUGAAAACUUGCUGACUCACAUUCGUGGUAAUGUUGGAUUCGUAUUCACCAAGGAGAAUCUAAAUGAUAUACGUGACAAGAUUCUUGCAAACAAGGUUGCUGCACCAGCUAAAGCAGGAGCAUUGGCACCUAUCGAUGUAUUCCUUGAUCCUCAAAAUACUGGACUCGGACCGGAGAAAACGUCUUUCUUCCAGGCUUUAACAAUCCCGACUAAGAUUUCCAGAGGAACCAUCGAAAUUUUGAAUAAAGUUCACUUGAUCAAGAAGGACGAGAAAGUUGGAGCUUCUGAAGCUACGUUACUGAAUAUGUUGAAGGUUUCUCCCUUUACAUACGGUCUAAAAAUUUUGAAAAUCUAUGAUGAAGGCAGCAUAUAUGAUCCAGCUGUACUGGAUAUUACUGAUGAUGAUAUCGUUAAGAAAUUUCUUCAGGGUGUUCAACAUGUUGCUGCUGUAAGUUUGCAAAUUGGUUAUCCAACUACGGUUUCAGUGCCACAUUCGAUCAUAAAUGGGUUUAAGAAUGUACUUGCUGUGGCUGUCGAGACCGACAUCAACUUCCCUGAAGCUGAGAAAGCCAAAGCAUUUUUAGCCGAUCCAAGUGCAUUUAUUGUUGCUGCACCUGUUGCAGCAGCUGGUGAAGCUGAAGAAGCAAAACCCGCUAAGGAAGAAAAGCAAGAAGAAGAAGAAGAAUCUGAUGAUGAUAUGGGCUUUGGACUUUUCGAUUAGUUCUUAAAAUUGUGUAAGAUGUACACAUACUUUGUGUAUUUGAUUCGAACUGAUAAUAAAAAGUCGUUGUAAAGAUUUACGU